GCGAGGGCAGCAGUUGGCGGUGGGGCCUGAGGUGGUGUUUGUGGCGCGCGGGGGCCCUGGGCGGCAGCUCCGGCCGCGGAUGGAGCCGCAGCCCCGCGGCUGUGGGAAGCUGCAGUCACCGCCGUGCAAAGUGCUGUCCGGUCAACUCCGCCACAGCGCCUCGCGGCAGGUGCGGGCCUCGGGCCAGGAGGCGUGGCUGCUGGAGCGGGAGGGCAGCGGCCGGGCGCCGCUGGACGUGAGCGUGGUGUGGAUGCAGGGCCGGGUGCUGGACAGCCGGGCCCAGGACAACACCACCGUGCAGCUGCGGGAUGAGACGGGCACGUUCACCGUGACCGGGGCCGGCGCCGUGCCCAGGGGAAGGCCCUGCAUCAGCAAAGGAAACUAUGUAAUGGUGAUGGGAAUACUCGUUUCAUGCAGUCCAGAGCCAUUACUGCGUGCAGUGAAGGUGACCGAUCUAUCUGAUGAUGCCCUGCACAAGAGCACUUGGAGGCUUGAAGUUGAGGAUCUGCAACAGAACAUUCCAUAAAUUAAACACCAUCCUGCCUGCCUACUUCCUAUCAACCUGAACCAUAAAGGAUGUUUGAUAUGCCUGUUUGAAAUUAGAGUAAGUAGGUGGAUUAUCGUUAUUAAAAUGCUCCCAAAGAACAAGGGAUGGGAUUGGAAGCAUGGUUGAACUAAGGGUUUAUUUUACAUUGUAAAUCGCAAAAGCAAAGCUCACGCAUUUAAUGUGGCUCCUAGUUUUGAUGUAUGACCUUGGAAUCACUUCUGAAGAGCAAGGGAGUAGAUUUGGAGUAUGUUAGAAUUAUGGACAUGUAUUUGUACUGAAAUCCUACUCUGUAGUACACAAACCUGCUUUGAACAUUGUUUUUUGGUCAGCCAGGUGUGGAAACCAUCACAAUUUUUGAGUAUCCAUACCAGAGAGUUCAAUAUAUGCUUCUACAUGGAUAUUUUCCUUUCUCUGUUUGUAAUAUAUAUUUGUUUUGUGAGGAUUGAGUUCUUUUUGACAUGAGUAACAACUGACUGAAUAACUAUUCUUGCUGAGUGAUUAUAAAUUAAUGCUUGUGGUGUUGGUACCACAGAUUUACGGAGAAAUGAUCUGGAAUAGCUUAUUGAUUGUGUCCAAUAUAUUUUAUUUAUUAGGUAUAUUGAAACACAGUUUUAAUGUAAGUCUUGAGUGAUAUUACUGCAUUCACUUUUAGUUUCCCACCCUUAAGUCUACUUGCACUGUAAGACUUCCUAUGUCAGCAGCACUGGCUCAUGACUUAAUGGUAAAAUGGCAAAUAAUGCAGUUUAAGCUGGGUGAACUCCAGCAGUAACCUAAGGCACACUCUGAGCUUCCCAAGCCUUGCCUCUCAACUUGCACUUAUUGCUUUGUGGAAUUAGGUAAGCAGGAUGCAUUCUAUUCCAAACACAAGGAAAUCUCGACACACAUCUGGCAUGCGUAUGUGGACCUCUGGUUUGAGUAGUUGAUGGAAACGUGUUAGUUUCCACAUUUCCUGACCAAAAGAAAUAGUUAGGCUGAUGAUGUGUGUUACUGUGGCAACAGUGGAACAAGAGAUGCUAACUGUUUCUCUAAUUUAUCUCAUCUAAAGAUUUUCGCUGAACACAUCCCCACUGCGGUAUUGUCGAGUUACUUCCGUUCUGUAUCUAUAGUUGUGCUCGUCAAGAUACAAAGCUACAGUGGUGACAGGCAAUCUAAGCAGUUUGCUUUGGAUAUGUUUAAUAUGUGAAAAGUGGCCGCUCCUUAGUUAAUAAAUUAGUAAUGAAUGAUGGGCGUUAUAUACUUUUUUUUCUGACUCCUGCAACUUGGCUUUAUGCCUGAGCCCUGCAGGAAUCCAGUCCACAUUUAAUUUGAUUUAGUUCAUAUGUUGCCCAUUAUUUUUUAAUACAAUGUGAAACAACGUAAUGACAUUUUUAUUGUAUGAUUUAACAACUAGACUUUGAAAAUGGCGUUUUUUGUGGAACAUUGCAGCUGCAAGACCACUGGAGAUUUAUAUUUCAUUAUAUUUAAAAUAGUCUGAAAUGAUUUAAACACGCAAACACUCUUAGUGUUUAUUUUAAACAUCCCUGAAGGAGGGUUGUUGAGUUCAAAAUAUUUUGCUGCUCUUAACUGUUCCUUUCAUUGUAUGCUGCCAUUUUUUGAAACCAAUUAAAAUAAAUGCAAUGUAAAUUCAAA